GUGGAUGUCAAUAUAAGAACAACUUACACAGUAACCAUAGUCGAAACAUCUUUGUCUGUCUGAAGAUUAGCACGACCUUUAGUAAUCUUAGGCCACAAUUUGACUCCAAUAUAAAAGAAGACGCCGGUGCUUCGAAAUUCAGACAAAUUUUGUAACUUUAGUUCGACGGUUCUCUCUCGUUUGAUCACACAAAUCAAAUAUCCUAAAAUGGAACAACGUUGGACUGACAAAAUUGCGUUGAUUACUGGAGCUAACACUGGUAUUGGCAAGUACCUGGUAGAAUCUCUGGUUAAUAAUGGAAUGAAAGUUGUUGGUAUUGCUCCACAAGUUGAUAAAAUGAAGACACUUGCUGAAGAAUUGAAGUCAAAGUCUGGAAAACUAUUUCCUCUUCAGUGUGAUCUUUCCAAUCAAAAUGACGUUAUGCGUGUCUUAGAAUGGGUUGAAAAAAAUCUAGGAACCAUGGAUAUUCUCAUCAAUAAUGCCGCUAGUAAUAUAGAUAUUUCACUGUUAUCUGGUGAAUUAGAAGAUUGGAAGAAGAUGUUUGACAUGAAUUUCCUUGGAUUGUCUUACAUGACCAAAGAAGCCUUGAAGUUAAUGAAAAAGAAAGGAACUGAUAAUGGUAUCAUUGCAAACAUCAAUGAUGCUUCUUGGCUAAAAGCGCCAAUUAAUUCUGAUCGUCCAAUAUCCCCAGCUUAUGUAGCCAGCAAAUUUGCUUUAAAUUUCUUAAUGGAAAGCCUUAGAUCUGAAUUAGCACAACUUGAAUCUAACAUCAAAGUUAUGUCAAUUAAUCUUGGUUUGGUGGAGACUGAGAUGACUGCACAAUGGUUGAAGGAAAACCCUCGCUUGGCUUUGAAACCCAAAGAUGUAUCUGAUUGUAUUCUUUUCGCAUUGCAAUCUCCUGAUUCCGUCCUGAUCAAAGAAAUGGUUAUCUCACCAGUGCGUGAAACGAUGUAAAAAAUAAAAUAUCCAAUAUUUAUCUAAUUGUUUGACAUAAAUGUUAAUGAUUGACAUUUGUAAAUAUACUAAAUAAAAAUUUUUGCAUAUGCAUAUAUAUAUAUAUAUAUUUACCAAUCAAUUAUUUAAAAAAAUUAAUAUUGCUUUAAGUAAGAUAUUUCAAAGGGUAUUACAAAGAAUUCUGAAUAAAGAAGGAAAAUAUUUUAUUCAUUAAUCAUAUGACAAAGUAUGUAUAAUAAGAAAGAAAAUAGGAUUAUUACACUUAUGAGAUAAUAAAAUUUAAUUUCUCUAUAAAUUGAUAUAGGUCUAUAACAAAUAUUAAUUGCAAUAAUCAUAAUUAAAUACAAUUGAUCUUAUGAAACGAUCACUUCACUAACCAGUAGUCUAACCAAGCAAUAGAAAUUUAUUCUCCUCUUGGAUCAUCUGAAUAAAACUGGCAAAAGAUUAAUAACAUUCUUUUUUUUUUAUGUUACUCACCUAAAGUUCUUUGUUAUCUCAUAGCCUUUGAGAAAUACAUAUUUCUUCACAUUUCAUAAGUUAAAUAUCAAUGAAUCGAUUUAAAUUGACACAACAAAUAUUUGAAUAAAAUAUCGGUUUUCUAACAUAAAAGAGCUAUAUAAUACUAAUAUUUUUAUAUUUCAUUUGAAUACUAGAAGAAAAUAAUUCGCGAAAAAAGAUCAAUCCAUACUCACAUAUACUUCCCUCUUGCUUUCUUGAAUAAAUACAUGAAAAAAAAGUGUAGAAUCGAUCGAUAUUAGUUAUACAAUAAUUAUAAAUAUAUUAACUUUUUUAACAAUAAACAUUAGUUGAGGAAAGGAAUUCAGGAUAUAUCCAAUAAUAAAACAAUCAAACUCUUUUUAUUCCUGUUUUUUGAGAUAGAUAUCGACGAUCAGGAAUUCUAUAAAAUUCCUCUUAUUGUCGUGAAGUAACAAAAAAAAACGAAGUUUCUAAUUAAACAGGAUGACUGGAUAACUAUUGAGGAAAGGUUAAUACUACUAUGAGGAAACGGAUAUUCACUCUUGUGAAUAAUUCUGUAAGAGAAAACUUCUAUAUUCAGGAUUGAAAAAUAUCUAUGUCUAUAUACGAAUGUAGGUGUGUAGCUGAACAUAAAGAUAGUGAUGAAUUAUUAAUAUAAACACACUGAAACAGAUGAGAUAUUAUAUCUGUUACGUUUCAAGUUAGUCUUUAGCAAAAAAAGUGGAUCUUUCUAAUAAUUCUUUUUUUUUUCUGUUUGAAUUUUUGGUAUCGUUUAGAAGAAUUGCAUGCAGAAAAAAAUGUGUGUAUAUGUCGAAGGGACGUCAGAGAUAUUAAACUUGAACAAAUACCUUACAGCGAGUGUGUGCGAAUCGCAUCCGUUUUUGAUCAUCCGUGUGUUAUCCGAAAAAUGAGAUAUCCGACUAUUUUUAUUUACUUUUUAUAGAUCUUAAAUUCCUGUAUUGAUCCCGACAAGUGCAAGUCCAAAUCCCGUAUUCGACCUAGGCGAAUCCAUGAAACCUAUUUGAAGCAUAAACAAGCGCAGCCACACGUUUUGCUUUCUUUUUUCUAUAUAAUUGAUCGACAUCUCGAUAAUCCACAUCCAUCCAAACGGUAUGAACACGGCGUACACAUUCUGUCUGGUCAAAAGAUCCAAGUGAUUUGUUUAUUUACAGAAUCCAAGUGGAAUAUUUCCAGCCAAUUUAUCCGUUUAUCCAUCAUGAACACUAAUUUUAUAUCCUGUCAGCAUCCUAAUCCAACAGACCGUAUCUCUGCCGAAUCCUGUCUUUCUGUUUUAUCUUUUUUUUUUUUUUUUUUUU